AUGUUCUCCCUCAAGACCGUCGCCCUUUACUUCCUCGUUAUCAUGUCUGUCUUCGUCGUCUACUCCUCAGCUGCCUGUGCUGAUGCUGAAGAUGGUCACUGUGCCGUUUUCGCCGAGCUUUGCAACGAUGAAAACUUCGCCGCCUAUACCGCCAAGUGUGCCAAGACCUGUGGAAAAUGCUAA